UCUCUCCCUCACAUUUUAAUGGAGUUAUCACUCUCACCUUCUUCCCUGAGACUUCAUCUUGCUACAUCAUCAUCUUCUUCUUCUUCUUCACAUUACAACACAUAUUCACCAACCAUUGUUAAUACUACCAAAACUUACAACCAAUUCAAUAAAAUAUUCUUAAGAACCAGCUUAUUCUACACUACCACCAAAACAAGCUCAUCAAGGCUCCUUUCCAACAAACGUCCCAAUCAAUUUUGCAUCAAGGCUUGUAGUCAAGUUGGUGCUGCAGGGUCUGAACCAGCGGUGAAUAAGUUUGAAGCAUUUAGAGAUGCAUUUUGGAGAUUUCUUAGGCCGCACACAAUUCGUGGAACAGCCUUAGGAUCUGUGUCAUUAGUAACCAGAGCGCUGCUUGAAAAUCCAAAUCUAAUUCGGUGGUCACUGUUGUUCAAGGCAUUUUCUGGUCUUGCUGCUUUGAUUUGUGGGAAUGGUUAUAUAGUCGGAAUCAAUCAGAUAUAUGAUAUCGGAAUUGAUAAGGUGAAUAAACCCUAUCUACCUAUUGCUGCUGGAGAUCUUUCUGUCAAGUCAGCAUGGUUUUUAGUGUUAGCAUUUGCAGUACUAGGCGUUAUUAUUGUUGGGAUCAACUUUGGCCCGUUCAUCACUUCCCUUUAUUGUCUUGGUCUUUUCUUGGGCACCAUCUAUUCUGUUCCACCACUUCGAAUGAAGAGAUUUCCCGUUGUUGCAUUUCUUAUCAUUGCUACAGUUAGAGGUUUUCUUCUAAAUUUUGGCGUAUAUUAUGCUGUGAGAGCUGCCCUGGGACUAACAUUUCAAUGGAGCUCGCCAGUGGCUUUUAUCACAUCGUUCGUUACGUUAUUUGCAUUAGUCAUUGCCAUUACAAAAGAUCUUCCUGAUGUAGAGGGUGACAGAAAGUUUCAGAUCUCUACUUUUGCUACAAAACUUGGAGUGAGAAACAUUGCAUUACUAGGGUCUGGGCUUCUGCUGAUCAAUUAUAUUGGUUCAGUCGUUGCAGCACUCUACAUGCCUCAGGCUUUCAGGAGCAGCUUAAUGAUACCAAUACAUAGCAUCUUGGCUUCUUGUUUGAUUUACCAGGCAUGGGUACUUGAGCGUGCGAAUUACACCCAGGAGGCGAUAGCAGCGUACUACCGUUUUGUAUGGAAUCUAUUCUAUUCAGAGUACAUUAUCUUUCCUUUCAUCUGAUUUAUAUUUUUUUGGGACUCUUCUAUAUGUAAUGUAUUUUUCAUUAUAUUAAGUGAUGUGCAGCCAAAUGAAGGCUUAAUGUAAGAGUUAUCUGAACUACAAAUGUAAAAUAUUUUAAUCCGAAAGAGAGAUGAAAGUUUACUUCUUGUUCA